AUGGUUAAUCUCCUGGCAUUUGUUUCUUUGCUCGCCGUUAUUCCCUUUGCCCUUGUUGCCGGGGAACAGGAUGCCCAAACCUUCGACCUUACGUAUGAUUCACAAUUUCAAGCGUAUGCCUCCCCGCAGGACGACUUGAGGUUAAUUCAAAUCAGCGAGACGGAAUAUCGCUGGCUGACCGAAGGACAGAUACUCGAUUUAAUUAGGGAGAAGGUCAAAUUUAUGGAUAUAACCGAUUACACAGAAUUGGGAACAAUUUAUAAGACGAAAAAGAAGCGUGGAGCAAAGAGAUUUGACGCAGCUGUGUCGGUUAGGCAGUUCACCCAUCGAUGGGCACAAAAAUCCAUCAUUGCGAGAUUCGAAGGCACCGAUCCGGAAAAAGAGAAUGAAGUUGUUAUAGUGGGAGCACACCAAGAUUCAGUGAACAUGUGGAUGCCCAACUUUGCUGAUGACGAUGGGAGUGGAACGGUCACAAUUUUGGAGGCAUUCCGUGUGUUGGUCGAAGGAAAUUUCAGGCCCGAGCGACCGGUUGAAUUUCAUUGGUAUUCGGCUGAGGAAGGUGGACUUUUAGGUUCACAAGCGAUCGCCCUGGAAUAUGAAAAAGAAGGAAGAGACGUGAUUGGCAUGCUACAGAAUGAUAUGACGGGAUACGUUGGUAGCAAGGAACGCGAGUCAUUUGGAAUCGUUGUCGAUUAUGUUGAUUCCGAUCUGACCAAUUUUCUCAAGACACUUAUAACCACAUACGCAGAUAUUCCAUCGCUCGACACUAAAUGCGGGUAUGCUUGUUCGGAUCAUGCUUCGUGGUCAAAGGCUGGGUUCCCUUCGGCAUUUGCUAUCGAGGGUCCCUUCAAUGAUUCCAACCCAUACAUUCACACCGUGAAUGAUUUGAUCGAGCACCUCAGCUUCGAUCAUAUGCUCGAAUUCGCAAAGGAGGAUUCGCCGCUUCCGGCUUGUUUAUUCCAGAGUGCCGAAACUUUACAGGACGCUGAGGUCGCGCGUACGAAAGAAUUGUAUUCUUUCACGUUGGAUAUCGAGGAAGAGGGGGAAAAGAUUUCUUUAACUUUGGUCGACAGCCCUGGCUUUGUAAGGGAUAAUGAACUUAGGCUUGACGUUCAAGUGACGGAGGCAUUGAGAUAUAUCGAGUCCCAGUUCGAUAUUACAUUGGCUGAGGAAACGAAAGUAAAGCGUAACCCCAAGGCUCAAGAUAGUCAAAUUCAUGCUUGCCUUUAUUUCAUUGACAAUACGAAUAACGGGCUAACCGAUAAGGAUGUUCGCAUCUUAAAACGACUGACCGCUCGCGUAAACGUUAUCCCUGUUGUCGCCAAGGCCGAUUUACUUACGACCACGCAACUCGCGAAACUCAAGCAGGCUAUCAAGAACGACCUGAAAGAACAUAGCAUUCCUGUAUUCGAUUUUCCCAUUGAUGAUGAGUUGGUGGAGCCUGAGGUAGCAGAGGUGGUCGCAAACGCACAAUCCUACAUCCCGUUCUCUUUGAUCGCUCCAGAGGAUGCCGAUGUCAUCGAUCCAACGACCGGAGAAAAAAUUCGGGGGCGUCAAUAUACAUGGGGAAUCAUUGAUUGCUUAAACCCAAAACAUUGUGAUUUUGUUGAAUUGAGGAACGUACUCCUGUCGAGCCACCGAAAAUUAUUCAAGGAUAUUACCCUGGAGGUGUUCUACGAACAGUAUCGUACCGAAAGAUUGAUGGCCAGAAAGGCGAGUAAGAUGAUUACCAAGGAGCAAAAGAAGAAAUUGAUGGAGGAUUUAUCGGAAAUUUAA